UCUGUCACAUACUCUUUCCUUUACUCUCUGUCUGUCUUUUGCACUCCCUCCCCAUCUCUUUUUCUUUAAGCCCUCUCUUUCUUAGCCAUCCCUCUUUCUCUAUAUACUCUAUUUUAGCUGUCCCUCCCUCCCUCCCUCCCUCUCUCUCCCUAUCUCUCCCUAUCUCUCUCUCUCUCUCUCUCUCUCUCUCUCUCUCUCACACUCUGUGGUCCUGCAGAGGCAGCUGGAUGGAUCAGCACUCCUUCUUUCUCACUUUCUCUCCUCUCUCUCUCUGAGUGUGGAUUUUACUGGCAGCUAAGGCUCAGUAGGAGUGUAGAGAUCACAGAGUGGAAAAGACUGAAAGAGGAAAAGAGUGAAGGUUUGCUGAUCCAGGUGUGUUUUCUCACCGCUGGGGUCAUGGGAAGAUUGGUGGGGUCCACGAUGAUAGGGCAGGUGGUCCUUCCUCUCCUCCUCUUCAUCACCUUCAUCUCUGCUCUUUCUCCACCACAACCCAGAGUCUUCCUCCCCUUUCAAGAACUGCAGACAACCCAGGCCUUUGAGUUCUACACUCUGUCAGAAAAGGCCAUGGACUACAGAAUCCUGUUUAUGGAUGAGGAUCAGGACCGCAUGUAUGUGGGCUGCAAAGACCAUGUGCUCUCUAUGGACAUCAACAACAUCACUCAGGGAACGCUAAAGUUAUUCUGGCCGGCGUCCAACACUAAGAUCGAAGAGUGUCAGAUGGCUGGCAAAGAUCCCACACACGGCUGUGGAAACUUCCUGAGAGUGAUUCAGCCCUAUAACAGGACUCAUCUGUUCAUCUGUGGCAGCGGCGCCUACAGCCCUGUGUGUGCCUAUGUCAACCGUGGCCGGAGACCUGAGGAGAAAGUGUUCCAUAUUGCAUCGCGGGCGGAGUCAGGGAAAGGCCGCUGCUCCUUCAGCCCACGGGUCAACACUGUCUCGGUCAUGCUCAAUCAGGAGCUGUUCUCUGGCAUGUAUAUAGACUUCAUGGGGACGGAUGCGGCUAUCUUCAGGAGUCUGACCAACAGUAAUGCAGUGAGGACUGACCAGCACAACUCCAAAUGGCUAAGCGAGCCUGUGUUUAUCGAUGCGCACUUGAUCCCAGAUGGAUCGGAUCCAAACGACUCCAAACUUUAUUUCUUUUUCCGAGAGAGGCUGACAGACAACAGCGGAAACACCAAGAACAUACACACCAUGGUUGCACGAGUGUGUCCUAAUGAUACAGGUGGUCAGCGCAGUCUGGUGAAUAAAUGGACCACAUUUCUGAAAGCCAGAAUGGUGUGUUCUGUUCUGGAGGAGGACGGCACUGAGACGCACUUUGACGAGCUUGAAAGUGUGUUUUUGCUGGAGACAGACAAUCCGAAGGGCCUCCUGCUGUUUGGAGUUUUCACCUCCACCAGCUCCGUGUUUAAGGGUUCAGCAGUGUGUGUGUACAACAUGGCAGAGAUCCUGACAGUCUUUAAUGGGCCAUUCGCUCAUAGGGAGGGUCCAAAUUUCCAGUGGGUGGCGUUUCAGGGGCGCAUCCCGUACCCUCGACCAGGAACAUGUCCUGGUGGUGCAUUCACUCCUCAUAUCCAGAGCACUAAAGAGUUUCCUGACGAUGUUGUGAUGUUCAUGAGGAAUCACCCACUCAUGUUUAAUCCCGUUUACCCGGUGGGCCGCAGACCCCUGCUGGUCAGAACUCAUGCUGAGUAUAAAUACACCUCCAUCGCUGUGGACCAGGUGACUGCGGCUGAUGGACACUACCAGGUUUUGUUUCUUGGUACAGAUAAAGGCACGGUGCAGAAGGUGGUGGUGCUGCCCACAAACCGCUCGCUGGGAGAAGACCUGAUUCUGGAGGAGCUGGAAGUGUUUAAGAACCGAGCUGCCAUAACCAACCUUAGAAUUUCCUCUAAGAAGCAACAGCUGUACGUCAGCUCGGAGUAUGGUGUAUCCCAGGUGUCUUUGCAUCGAUGCCAUGCCUAUGGCUCAGCGUGUGCGGACUGCUGUUUAGCGCGGGACCCCUACUGUGCUUGGGACGGAAUGAGUUGCUCCCGCUUCUAUCCCACCGGAAAGAGGAGAAGCAGAAGGCAGGACGUUAUGUAUGGAAAUCCGCUCACACAGUGCCGAGGGUUCAAUUUGAAAGCCUACAGGAAUGCAGUGGAGAUGUCCCAGUAUGGGAUCAGGAAUAACACCACCUUUCUGGAGUGUCUGCCCAAAUCACCCCAGGCUUCUGUCCGAUGGCUGAUCCAGAGAGACAAUGACCGCAGGAAAGAGGUGAAACUGAGUGACCGUGUGGUGGCCACUGACCAUGGACUGCUGAUCCGUUCGGUGCAGUCAUCCGAUCAGGGUCUUUAUUACUGCCUGGCUACGGAGAAUGGCUUCAAGCGUACUUUGGCUAAGAUCCGCCUGCGUGUCCUGGCUGAGGCUGUGGUCAGCGCGCUCAGCGAUAAGCAGCGUUCAGUCUGGGGCUGGGGCCUGAGCCCCAAAGCACUGGCCUCGGCCUUCAGCCCUGCGGAGACGCUGGCCAUGCAGCAGUAUUGCAAGGAGCGCAAACAGCUCCAGAGCUUUCAGGGGCCACUGAGAGGGGACCUGGCCAAACUGAAACCGCUGCUGGACCACAGCAAGAGCCGCAACCGCAGGAACCACUGACCCCAGGACGAGAGGGCUGGACAGAAGGAGAUGAGGAGCAGUGUUGGAAAGAACUAGAGAGAUGUAUGGAGAAAAGAAUGGAGGACAUGAAACCUAUUUGCAAAAAGGAGACGAAAGGAUAAGCAAGGAGCACAGAGGCAUUAAAGGGAUAUUUUGACAAAAAAUCAAAUGUACCCACUUUUCUCCUUUACACCUAAUGUACUUAAUCAGCCUAGACUUGUUUGGUGUCUGAAGUUUGCUUCUUUAGUUUUACACUGGAGCUACAAGGCUAAUGUAGCACUCAUGUAGGCCAAAUAGCAUGGCGCUAACUAUCUAGAGAAAUCAUCAUGCACUUGUUCAGACCAUGUUGAGUUGUAUAUGUGUAUGUAUUGUUAGCUACAUUAGCCUUGUAGCUCCUGGACAAAACUAAAGAAGCCAAUUUCAGACACUAAAAGUGUCUUGGUUCAUUCACUAUAUUUGGGAUAAGGGGUAAAUUGUUUACAUUUGAUUUUUCACCAGAUUAUCACUUUAAAAUUACUCCUUUAAUAUGGACCUUGUUUUUUUUGCUCCUCAAGCUUCCAGCACCAUAGGCUGGGUGCUUCUGUACAGAACUGUUAAAUGCAUGAGGUACGCUGACCAGAUGACUGUGAUCCACCACACACACAUGCGCACGCAUGUUUAAGCUUGCUUAUGGAACUUUCUCCUGUCCUAACGAACUACGGCAUGUGAUUUUUUAACAAGGAAGUCCAACCAGUGUUCCAGAUGUAUGCAUAACUCAAUAGUUGAGAUAUAAACAAAAUAAUUCAGAGUGGUUUAAUGUGAAAUGGUUCAUUGUGGAGAAACUUACCGACCGAUUUCUUUACAGUGGUGGUGAUAGAAACCAAGGAUCACGGUGUCUAAAGCACAAAUAUAGCCAUUUUAUUUACUAUCCAGAAUCACCAGUGAACCUACAUGUGUCUUGUGAGUUUUUACAUGUAAUGUUAAUGAUGAUAAAAUAUGAAGAAAAAUGUUUUUUGGGGACUAUUUUGCCCUGUAACACCUGCAUGUACAUCUCUGCCUUGAAUGGCUUUAAAAAUAUAAAUUUUGGACCAGAACCUUCUCAAAAUUGUCAAAACAAUGGCAUCAGGCAUCAUAUUUAUAACCAUUUCAUGUGACAGCUUUCUGUGAGGGCUGUUGGAUGUCUGGCUUCUAUCACCAUCACUGUGAACAAUUCUGACUCAGAAGGUUCUCUAGAACAGAGCAUUUCACAUCAAACCACUGAACGACUUUGUUUACAUCUUAACCGUUUAAUAAUGCAGAAAUGUUGAAAAAUUGGUGGAAAGCUCUAGCUGCGUUUAAUGUUUCAUUACAAACUGGUAACUUACUAAUUGAGCAUAAUACAGUACACAUGUAUGCACAGUUUAGAGACUCUGUAAUGGAAAACUCAACAGAAUGUUACAUCCAGGUGUAUUAAUAAUCCAGGCUUAAGCCUGGCAGAUGAAACACAGGCAACGUUUGAGAAGAAAUAUGUUUCUCAUAUGCUUGGAAUGAGGUACCAUAAGCACAGCAGUGUCUCCAUAAACAGCAUUUAUCCAGUGUUAGGCUGUGGCAAAGAGUGGGAGAAAAAAGAUUUCUGCAACAUAAUAUCCUGAUAUUUUGGAUGAAAAAUAACAGUGAAACACAGAGGUUCAGGUUUCAAUGUUUUAUUAUUUAAUUAUUUAUUAAUAUUUUUAAUGCAUAUUAAGCCCAUUGGUAGUCUAAUAGGGCAGUAAAAUCCAUUGUUUUUCUCUCUCUGGUGAAAACAUUGAGUCAGUGAACACAUUUACAUGCACUUUAUAAUCAGAUCAUUAUCGGACUUCUGCAUUUAUCUGAUUAUUCAAGUGGUCAUGUAAACAGCAAAUUUCUUAGAUUGGUGUAAGGCAUAGAAAUCUGAUUAAGAAACCUGAUAAAGAGAGCUGGAUUUUAGCUUAGAAAUUGGGUUUUUUAGUGCAUUUAUACUCUUACUCUGAUUUCUUUCUUUAAGCGUUUCAGUAAACACAGUAAGCAGCGUUUAACGCAGCACCUGCAAGAUGGCAACAAAACACUUUUGGAGCGACAUUGAAACCAACUACAUGCUUGAUGAAAUGAAGGAUUUAAAUAUUCUUCAUCUUCAAGAUGAUGUAUAUUCAUAUUUUCUGGUAAAGUGACUUGAUAAAAAAAGAGGUGUGGCAUGACAAUAAGCUUACGUUUUAUUUUGUGAGGUUAUUGGCUGGUUUAUUGCCUGAUUCAUGCGGACCCAGCGUUUCCCAUUAUCUGAUUACCCAAGUGCAUGUAAACACGUUGGAUUUCUGGCAAAAUCUGAUUUUCUGCAGUUAUCAGAUUAUUAUGCGUAUGUAAACGCUCUCAGUGUUGCCUUGUCUAAUUCACAAAUUUGUUUUGCUUUAUUGAAGUGAUUGAAGUGAAAAUGUGGUAAUUAAAAUGGAGCAAGUUUGCUUUUAGAGGCUUAAUAUGUCAUCGUAAUUAAUUGCAUUAUGACAUAUUGCAACACUUCGCACACUGCAAUUCUUUAAAAUAGUAGAAUUGUCUCAAAUAGCUUCUGCACACUUUGGAGAUGACAGUUUACAGCAAAUGUGUUUCAGAUUUAUAGCAGUGGACUGUAAUUCAACACACUACAUUGCUGUACUUCAGACUGACCAUCAGGGCUAUUUCAGAGAAAACUACAGUAGAGCUUUAUACUCUGCUGAUAAUCACACAAUGUCCUGUACAAACUCAUGGUAGUAAAUACAGUUGCACCAUUUUGUUGAAUUGGUCUCUUACAGUAAAAUCUUCCUUCUCAUAAACCGCUGUUUGUGCUCGCAGAAUGGGUGCCAUGAGAAUAAUUUACCAUUCAAAAUGAAAACAUACCGGACAGGCCAAAGUACAUUAACCCAGCUGUAACACAGAUGUUGUGAGAGAGAGAGAGAGAGAGAUAGAGAGAGAGAGAGAGAGAGAGAGAGAGAGAGAGAGAGAUAGAGAGAGAGAGAGAGAGAGAGAGAGAGAGAGAUAGAGAGAGAGAGGGAGAAACAGAUGGAUAAAGAUGGAACCUAGAAUAAACUGUUUUAGGAAAAUUCAUACAGUAGGUUCGUACUGUAGGUUAUUGCUUUUCUACUUCAACACACUUCUGACAGCAUAACAACGUUGCACUUUGUGUUUCAGAUUUCUUAAGAUUGUUCACUACAAAAGUGUUUUAAGACAUUUUAUAAACUGCCUAAAGUUAUUUUUAUUUUACAAAACUAACAGAAGUGUUUGAAUUACAAAUAAUAUUAAGCUAGUAUUUUAAUGUUAAUACCCAAGUAUUUACACCACUUCUCUUGCCAUCCUGUACUUUGUACCUCCAUUCACUGACCAAUUUAUCAUCUCCACCUACCUUAUAGAUCCACUAUUCAGACUGUAGUCCAUCUGUUGCUGCACAGUUUAUCAGACCCCUUCUACUCGAUUCAUCGUUGAUCAGUAUCUGAUCACUGUUGUCCAGAUAUCAUUUGGAUGGUGGAUCAUUCUUAGCUCAGCAGUGACACUGACAUGGUAGUGGUCAUCAUAGUGUGUGUGGUGCUGAUAUGAGCGUGUCAGGCAUGGCGGUGUUGCUGGAUUUUUACACACGUCCGUGUGAAAGUGGUCCACCACCUAAAAACAUCCAGCCAAGAGCAGCUCUGUGGUCGGAAACUGACCACUGAUGAAGGGCUAGACUAUGGCCAACACAACCUGUGCAUGAACAGAUGAGCUACAGCAAUGGUUACCAACUUUGGUCAUGGAGAGCUGUCUUCUUGCAGUGUAGGCGAAUGUAGGCAGAGCCUAGUUCCAACCGCAGUCUGCGACACCUGCUCCAGCUAAUUAACUUCGUCUGAAGGCCCUGAUCGGCUCGGUCAGAUACUUUAGUGUAAGGUAAGGGGAGACACAGCGUGUUAGAGGAAGGUUGGAACUAAACUCUGCAGGAAAGCAGCUCAGUGGUACUGGUGACCACUGAGCUACAGUCUCCAACUGCACACCAGCAAGGCGGAGCUUCAGUCGUAUGGAAAAGUUUAAACAGGUUUUAGUGAUUUUCUAGUGAAAAUAAGUCAACAUGUCCUCUAAAUAUUAACUUAAACAUAAAUAUGGUAAAUAUACACAUUCUAGUGCACAAUUUCUAUUUAUUCGCUGAGUUUAACAUAUUGAAACAAAUAAAACAUAAAAUACAAAAUGUGCCACAACUUUUGCACAGGCCACAUUUUGUGUUUCAUUAUUUUAUAUAUUUUAUAUAUGUUAAAUUAAGAAAAUACAGAAAAAUAAUUGUGCAUUAAACUGUGCCAAAGUGUGUUCUCUGUAGAGUUUAUAUGAACUUGUCUUCACUUAGAAAAUCAACAAAAUAUCUAAUUUAACAAAACCUUUGCAUAUGACUGUACAAGAGAAGGGUUUGUGCUGAGUGGCUGGUGAGUGUAGGGCCUUGGUUCAUGCAGUUUUAUUAGUCCUGAAUAACCGUGCUGUUUGGGAGUGUUCUGUUGUCCCUCUAUAGUUAGUCAAUUUCAUCUUCUACAGGUUCGCUGUUCACAUUAGUUCAUGCUUGGGGCUUAAAAAUGCUAGAGUUAGCGCUGUAUGUGUACAGAUUUUUUUUAUCACUGAUUGCUGUUCUGUGUAACUUAUGCCAUUUUGUAAAAUGCUGUUUUUAGUGUUUUGAACAUAGUGUAAAAUAGUUGAGGAUUCAGUUCCAUUUCAGUCCAGCCAAACUCAGGAAAUGUUCAUAAAUUCAACCUGGUAAUUAAAUUAAAUUUACACUUUAAGUGAAGUUAUGAGCGGCGGUGUUAGUUAGUGUGUUAAAUUCAUUCCCUGAAUUAGCAGCUCUGAAGUGGAGCGGAUCCCUGAUGUACCGAGAGUUUUUUGGCACAAUUUCUGACGGAAUCUGCAGUUUGCAGAGAAGCAGCGACUCCGUUUUUACAUUUUUACAGUUUCCUCUUUACAAAGAGAACAAAUAAAUUAACAGUGUGAUGCUAUUGUAAUAUUUCUAUCUUUUAACAUGGGUGAAAUGUGUUUUCCUCAGCAAGUGUCAAUGUCUUUCAUUAAAUGUUGUUCUAAAUUGUGUAUUUCUAUUUAUUAAUGUUAUAUGCCUGAAUAAUUGCAUUAAACAUCAUUUAAAAUGUU